UUAUUGAGAUUAUCUCUAUAUUGAUUUAAUACCCUUUGAUGCACAUACUUUGUUUUUAGAGAGAAAGUGGUCUAAGAUAUGAUCUGUGAAAAUCACACCAGAGUCACUGAAUUUAUUCUUCUUGGUUUUACAAACAACCCCGAGAUGCAAAUUUCCCUCUUUAUUUUGUUCCUGGCCAUUUACACAGUCACUUUGUUGGGCAACUUUCUCAUUGUCACAGUUACCAGUAUGGAUCCCGCACUUCAAACACCCAUGUACUUCUUUCUCCGAAAUCUGUCACUUCUUGAAGUAUGUUUCACCUUGGUUAUGGUGCCAAAGAUGCUUGUAGAUCUAGUGUCCCCAAGGAAAAUCAUCUCUUUUGUGGGCUGUGGUACCCAGAUGUACUUCUUCUUCUUAUUUGGCAGUUCUGAAUGUUUCCUACUCUCCAUGAUGGCUUAUGAUCGCUUUGUGGCCAUCUGCAACCCUCUCCGUUAUUCAGUCAUAAUGAACAGGUCCCUGUGCUUGUGGAUGGCCAUAGGCUCUUGGAUGUCUGGUGUUCCUGUGUCCAUGCUACAGACAGCUUGGAUGAUGGCCCUUCCUUUCUGUGGACCAAAUGCCGUGGACCACUUUUUUUGUGAUGGUCCCCCAGUGUUGAAACUAGUCACUGUAGAUACAACCACGUAUGAAAUGCAAGCACUUGCCUCGACACUCCUGUUUAUCAUGUUUCCCUUUUCUCUCAUUUUGGUUUCCUACACCCACAUUAUCAUAACAAUUCUGAGGAUGCCCUCUGCUACUGGCCGCCAGAAGGCAUUUUCUACUUGUUCCUCACACCUCAUUGUGGUGUCCCUCUUCUAUGGAACAGCCAGCCUGACCUACCUGAGGCCCAAAUCAAAUCAGUCCCCAGAGAGCAAGAAGCUAGUGUCAUUGUCCUACACUGUCAUCACUCCUAUGCUAAACCCCAUCAUCUACAGCCUGAGAAACCAUGAAGUGAAAGGGGCGGUUAAGAGGACAGUCACUCAAAAAGUCUUACGGAAGUUAGAUGUGUUUUGACUUCUUUUGUAUAAGAAAGCUUCCCGGUGAGCCGAGAUCACGCCAUUGCACUCCAGCCUGGGUAACAAGAGCGAAACUCCAUCUCAAGAAAAAAAGAAGGAAAGAAAGCUUCCAAAGUAGGAACAGCAAAACCUACUAACAAAAAUUUAAAAUAGAGUGAAAGUGGUGCUUUUAUUUCAUCACUAACUGAUGGGUGCAUUUCUAUGUAUCAUUUAGGGUCCUACAGGAAAGAGAUGGUAUUCCUGGAUUGGGAUAAGUGAGAAAACACUUUAUGAGAGGACUAUUUAAAAAUUGUGGACAAGGUUAAGUAAUAGCGACACAGGUCAUAUAAUAGAAAUUUUAUACUUCUUGGCCCGAAGGGACAAAUAGAAGGAGUGUUAACUGGAACCUAGAUAAUGCUACAACUAUUUAAAAAAACAGUCACCUAAUAGGAGCUCUGUUCUUUAGUACAGCAAAACAGCAGUCCCAACUUGUUUUGUUCUGACUCUCUCAAAUCUGUUGCUGGCUUCUGUUCUGAGCCAAACCAAAUACAACACGGGGAAAAGAAUGUCUGUUGAUACAAUGUAUAAAUGCUAGCCUCCUGGGGCACAGAGCAGGAUGAAAAAGGGUAAGAAAAGUUAUGAAAGAUAAGUGAAAACAGCCACCACAAACCACUGUAUAUUCUGCAGCUACUGCAAUGUAACAAUGAGUCAUCUAAUGCAUUUUAAGUAACCUUUAAAAAUGUAUACGAGAUGGAGUUUUGCAGAUGCCAAGAAUCCAUAAUGCAAAUUCUUUAUAUGGGUUGUAUGUUUAAAUAGAGUUAAUUAAUAAAAUUAACUUAGUAUUAA